AUGUCAGAAGCAGAUGCACCAAGAUUGAAGACAAAAAAUGUGAAUUCAAAAAGAAUUUUCAUCUCAUCCUUCACACUAAACUGGUUAACCCUCACUUACAAGCCACGACUGCAGACUCAGACCACCUUCAAUAAUUUCGCUGUCACCAGGGACGGGCUGGAAGACCAGCUGUUGGCUGAGGUUGUUAAUGCAAGACUCACAAAAAACAUAAGUGCUAAGCCAGCUCCAACAACAGAAAAGUACAUAAUUCCCCAAGGAACACUAGAAAAUUCAACUGAAAUGACUGGUGAACCUCCUACAAGGAUGCUGGCUAAUCUCCAUGCUGCUCUCCAUGGUUUUGACCAGUUCUGCUUGGUGGGUGGAAAGAAGAAGGAGGAGAAAGAAGACAUGAGAAUGUGUAGAACAGGCAUGUCACAGCAGGGUAUUCUCAUGGAGCUGCUGGAGUACAGCACACAUGAGGGCAGAGCUGGGAUGUGAAAAGGGGGACCUCUGACCUGCAUGCCAGAGAAGGAAAAUUUAAAAGCAUCUGUUUCCCCCUGUGCAAUUUUCACACUUCUGUUCCUGGGAGGCUGAAGUUUGGCCCUUGGGGCUGGAAUGGAAGGUUCCAGAUCAGCACCUGAGAUCUCCGUCUGUAUCACCAUCCUCAGCAACUGCUCAGAGGCCCACAAGAAGGUGGGUUCCACAGGAAUCCUUGGUGAGAUCAUGUAAGGUGGCCACUUAACGGGUGCCUAGGACUGCAGGCUCUGCUGGAUCUGUCUGCAAUAAUUCCUCAGCCCAGUCGUGCUUGGAGGGGAACUUGG